CUGCUGUCCUGUGGGGGGCGGCGUGCCCCAGUGAAAGAGGAAGUGCAGCCUCGCUGCUUGCGCUCAAUUGAAAGUACGCCAUAAAUAUGGCGCCAAAAGAGUUUUCAAGCUGAGGCUCUCAGCUGAAUUUGUCCAGGUUUUAGCAGGGGAGGGGGGCUCCUGUUUGUUUCCGUCUUGUCCAAGGCGAAAGCAGGAGGGCCGCGGAGGAGCGUCCACCGCGCACGGAGGCAAGGCGGUGAAGAAGAGGAGGAGAGCUGGCUGCUGUGUUUUGGAAGAAGAAGAAGAAGAGGAACAGGAGGACAUUGCGAAACUGGAUUGCAAUCUUUUCUCUGAGUCAUCGUUUGGACUUAAAGCAUCCAUUUACCCCCACCCCCCUGCUCUACCUUUUGGCAGCGGGGGAGAACGUAUGUAUGAUUUCUUGGAUUUCUAUCACUGAUUUGCACUCCAAGCUCGAUGGUUUCCUGCAAAAUGCGACAUGCUUUCCAGUGAGCGGCAUGUUGUGCGCUGCACGCCGCUCAGCGCGCACUGAAAGGCGGCUGCAGCGGCGGCGACACCCCGGCCUCUGGCAUCCGUGACCCGGAGCAGCGACUCACACUUUUUCCUCUUCGCUUUCGGAUUGGCUUGGUCUUUUAGCGGAGCUGUCAGCGUGCAAGGAAGAGGGAAGGGGGGCGGGGAGGGUCCUGUCACACCACCUCACUGACUUGAAGCACCGGAAACAGAACACUGAAGCAAUCAAAAGUACACAUGCUUCUCUGCUGAUGCUCUCCUAACCUUUGGGAAUAUCUCAUCUUCUUCUGGCUAAGAUGGAGAGUGAGAGGAAGAGGAGGAAGUACUCCACCAGCAGCAACGACUCCGACACCACAGACAGUCAGGUGACGUCCUGGCCCAGGUCGUGUAAGAACAUGGGCACCAGCAUCACGUGGGUCCGACACCAGCACAAGAAACCAUCAGAGGUGUUUCGGACCGACUUUAUCACAGCCAUGAAGCUGCCCGACUCGGCCCAGCUCGGCCCGGACGACUUCUACGUGCUGUCGGACCCGUGGAGGCAAGAGUGGGAGAAGGGUGUGCAGGUGCCCGCCAACCUGGACGCCAUACCGCAGCCCGUGGUCCGGUUACUGGCCGAGUCGACGGGUGGAGCAUCUCCGCCCCCCCGGCCUCCCCCUGGCCCGCUGUACAGCUGCUACGACCUGGACGACACCGACGUGUCCUGGCUGGACCUCGCCAACCAAGAGUUCAGUCAGAUGGCGCUGCCAGAGCUGGAUGAGCUGACGAUGGAGGUGGUCGUGGUGGAGUUGGAGCGCGUGUGUGAGGAGAAGAUGCAGCAGGCCAUUGAGGCGGAGGAGGGCCUCGGCAUCGAGUACGACGAGGACGUGGUGUGCGACGUGUGCCGCUCGCCCGAGGGCGAGGACGGUAACGAGAUGGUCUUCUGCGACAAGUGCAACGUCUGCGUGCAUCAGGCGUGUUACGGCAUCCUCAAGGUGCCGCAGGGCAACUGGCUGUGCCGGACCUGUGCGCUCGGCGUCCAGCCCAAAUGUCUGCUCUGCCCCAAGAGAGGCGGUGCCCUCAAACCCACCCGCAGUGGAACCAAGUGGGUCCACGUCAGCUGUGCCUUAUGGAUCCCUGAGGUGAGUAUUGGCUGUCCAGAGAAGAUGGAGCCCAUCACCAAGGUGUCCCACAUCCCCACCAGCCGCUGGGCUCUGUCGUGCAGCGUGUGCGGAGAGCACACAGGAACCUGCAUCCAGUGUUCCACGCCCUCGUGCAUCGUGGCCUUCCAUGUCACGUGCGCCUUUGACCGCGGCCUGGAGAUGAGGACCAUCCUGGCCGAGAACGACGAAGUCCGCUUCAAGUCCUUCUGUCUGGAGCACAGCAGCGCCGGCGCCUCCAACGUGUCCAACGGAGGAGCGACCCGACCCGAGUGGGCCGCCGAGCUCCAGUUGGACCCGCAUCGCCCAAUCGGGUGCGGUGACCCGGAACCGAGGCCGCUACCCCAUCCGGUCUCGGCAUCGGAGAGAGCUGAGAGGGACCAGCUGGAGAGGGAGAAGGUGAGCCAGAGGAAGCAGAAGCUCCAGGAGCUGGAGGACGAGUUCUACCGACUGGUGGAUCCCGGCCAGGUGGCAGAGAAUCUGGCGCUGCCUGUCACGCAGGUGGACUUCCUCUACCAGUUCUGGAAGCUGAAGAGGAAGUCCAACUUCAAUCGACCUCUAGUGACCUUAAAGCGGGAUGAGGUGGACAACCUGGCCCAGCAGGAGCAGGACGUCCUCUACAGGCGCCUCAAACUCUUCACGCACCUCCGACAAGACUUGGAGAGGGUGCGUAAUCUGUGCUACAUGGUGACCAGGAGGGAGAAGAUGAAGCACAGCCUGUGUGACCUCCAGGAGAAGAUCUUCCACCUGCAGAUCCAGCUGCUGGAAGAGGACAUGGCCGGAGAGAGAGCCCGGAAGGGAGGAGGAAAGAGGAAGCAGGCAGGGAAGGAGAGAAGGAAGAGUAGUCGUGACAAGAGAAAGGAGGGAUGGAAGGAUCUAGGUUUGUCCAAGUCCUUCCCGUUGGACGACUCGCUGUUUGACAGCUGGCUGGCGCGGUCGGUGCACAUCACGGCGGAUGACGUGCUCAGCAAGUGGGCUCUGGGCGCCCAGCACCGGGACCAGAGUGGCAGCCUGCUCUCUGACCAGCUCCUUCAGGGCGAGGAGAACCUGCUCAAUCUCAUGAUGGAGAACUCAAUGGAGUCCACUUGGAAAACCCCCCAGCUGGGUCGCAAGCCUCGUGCCCGUGGACACCGGCCGUCCUGCGGCACCACCCCGCCACGCACGGUUGUCUCGGCGCCCGGUGCGUCCACCACUAAGGACCUCUGGCUCGGAGGAGGUGAGGAGAAGCCGGGAGGUCAGGUGGUGCGCAAGGGGGAAAGAUCCAGAGGUUCCCCCAGGGUCCUACACCACCACCAUCAUCACCACCACCAGACCAGGAGUUCUGACCCCCACAGGGACCCGGCGCUGCAGCCCCCCAUCUCCAAAAUGGACUCCUGUCACAUCUCUGAGGAUGGUGGUCCGUGGGACAGCAACGUUGACGCGUCAUCUCCCACGUCAUUUUCUGCGCCGCAGCUCCGCCUGUCCCGUCAGGGUAGAUCCAGAAUGCGGGGCGUCGUCAGGUCAGGUUCGGAUGCUAAGGACUCGUCCUCGCUGGACGUCGCCGAGACCGACGGCUACUUUUCCGAUGGCGAGCAGAGCGACUUGGACACGCGGCCCGCCGGCCGCAAACUCCGCCUUGCGGCGUCGCAUCCUGCCAACGAGGACCUGCUGAGGCGGAGCGUGAUGGCGUCCUAAAGGCGUGAAGCCACAUGUGCCGCUGCGGCGUCCCUGCAGCUGAUUGGGAGCCAUCGAAUGUAGCUACUAGCUUACUCGCUAAAAUAGGAAACACACCUGCAGUUUUAGCAGAACUCUCUCCACGUUCUUGGACUUGUGUCCACCACAAACAAAGACUUUGGGGCAUUGAUGUAAAUAUUCCUACGGACGCUGCUUUCAGGGUCCAAUUGGGCAGCGAGCGGCGUCGGAAAGCACAACUAGCUAGCAAGUAGCGUUAGCACUGGCUGCUUUGUAGUGAUUAGAAAAGCUCUGACAGCAACAUUUCUGAUCAUUCUUCUCUUUGCCUGAAAAAUUAUUUUCAAAGUGUGCCUUCUGUCGCACCCCCGCCCCCUCCCCAGGCCCCGCCUCCUCAAUCAAUUAGGCCUUUCCAAAUCCGACUCGUAACAAUCAAAGCCAGAGGACGGCCGCCGGUCGGCUCUAGCGAAUGUCGCCCCAGCCGCGCUCCUUAAAGAAUCCUUGCAGAGUGCCUGAAUGGAUGCACGAGCAGCAUUUGCUGUCAAUCAAGUCUUUCUAAGCCCCGCCCCCCGCUCGUGACCUUAUCUAUUACCGAUACACAGUUUGUCACGUUACAUCCUUAAAUAUUGCAUCACUUGGACCACAAAAUACUAAAAAAAGAAAAAAAAAGUCUGACAUGAUGGAGUGGUCUAGCAGACAUGUUGAAGUGGUCCGUCAGGCAUGCUGGAGUGGUCUGGAAGACAUGCUGGAGUGGUCCAACUGACACGCUGGAGUGGUCUAGAGGACACGCUGGAGUAGUCUAGAGGACACGCUGGAGUGGUCCAACUGACACGCUGGAGUGGUCUAGAGGACACGCUGGAGUGGUCUAGAGGACUCGCUGGAGUGGUCCAACUGACACGCUGGAGUGGUCUAGAGGACACGCUGGAGUGGUCUAGAGGACUCGCUGGAGUGGUCCAACUGACACGCUGGAGUGGUCCAGCAGGUUUGAUGGAGUGGUCCAGCAGACACGCUGGAGUGGUCCAGCAGACACGCUGGAGUGGUCUAGAGGACACGCUGGAGUGUUCCAGCAGACACGCUGGAGUGGUCCAGCACAGUGCUUCUCAACUGGUUUGUCUGUGGGACCCACCAUCAGCCUUCAAUGACAAACAGCGACCCAAAUUGGGGACAUUUUUUAACGUAAACGUCCCCAAUAUGUUAUUUCUUUCAUUAAUAACAUUUGAAUUAGAGGUCAUGCCGGCGCAAAACAAGUUUCAGAUUUCACCUUUUUGUCCACAAAUUGAGAAAUGAUGAGACGAGAAAGUGAGUGUAGUAGUUUUGGUACCUGGGAGACACAGCAGGUUCAGAUCAAGCCAGUCCAGUUGCUCUGAUUCAGCACCUUCAUAAAUGGACCAGCAUUUCUUCUGUAGACCACCCCCCCCUGCCUGGGACACCUUCAUACCGUACAUGCUCAUCAUCAAUGUGGGCGGAGCUUUUGCUUUACGACGCGCUCUUCUGCAGCAGGUAUCUAGCUGGGCGGCGCCUUAAGUCCACACUCCAUGUCCUUCCCCUCCAGCUCGCGCUUGGCCAAGUCGUAAACCGGCCAAUAGCAGCGCUGAGAGGUGCAUUCACAGACAGCGGGUCGUUACGCUUUUUUUUUGUGGCAGAGACCUCGCCAUCCACUGCAAACGGCGUGGGUUGCGAUCCACCAGUUGGGAAUGACUGGUCCAGCUGCCAUGCUGGAGUGGCUCACGUCCUUCACGGUUGGCGAGUUGCUGGUCAACGAUGACACGUUUGCUCACGUUGCUAAGUUGUGCGUUUGUAGCGAAGGCGGUGUGCGGUUAUCUCAGGGGUUUAAAACAACGUCAACACGAUGGUGUUGAAUAUGAAAAGCUACAUUUUAUUUUGCGUAUAAAUGAACGGCUCACUUGCAGAAGCAAAGUCAAUAUUUAGUUUUUUGAAAUUGUAACGAAGAUUUUUGCAAGUGACUCGUAUAGAAAACGAAAGAUGGCGGCGCGUGCCCGUCAACAAACUUCCAUUUCCCGCGAGCUCAGACUACUGACUCGGCGCGUUUCCUCUCUUGGUGUGGUCACAUGAUUGGUGGGACCAAUCAGCUGAGGGCGUGGUCACCUGACCUCCGCCCCGGCGGGUCCAAUCGAGCUCAAAGUGAAGCAUCAGCAGCGGUUUUGGAUGUGGUGUGUUUUGGAGCAGUCUACUUCCUGGUUCCUUGUUGCUAUGCUAACAGGCUGAUCCAACAAACACGUAUUGCUGCUGAACGCACACACGCACGCACACACGCACGCACACACACACACACACACACACACACACACACGCACACACACACACACACACAAAGCAGGUUUGGUGUAACAGGGUUUGAAUAUGUUCUGGCGCGCUCGGUGGCGCCACCAGUGGUAGGAAUGGAAACGUUUUCGUGUUCUUCAGAGUAGCCGGACUGUCGGUGACGACAUGACAGACAUGUAGUAGCGAGGCCGCGUGGUGUGGGCGGGGCUAAACACUGGUCCAUAGCGAGCUUAGCUAGCACGCCAUGUUUUCCCGCCCAGACGCUGCGCGUCUCUCGUAGUGUACACAAGUAUUACUUCUAUAAUCUCUAUUUACAGUGAGGCUACAACGCCCUCUCCUUCCUUCCUCUCUUCCUCCCUUCCUCCCUUGGCUUCCUUAGAGUCCUAGACAGGAGUCUUGGCGCGUGUGUGGAGUAGAUGCUAAAAGCCUUGUGUGUCGUGUGCUACUUUGGACUCGCUGUUGGCUUGCAACUUCUUUUAUCAGGGUGACGCUGGAGCGCAUGUUUGGAUUUUCCUACAAAAAUCAGCUUUUUAAAAAUGUUAUUUAUUUUUUAUUGUUGCCUGCUCCAACGAAAUUCCCAGCGCACAUAGAAGACAACCACGGGCUGUCGCGUGCAUGCCAAAGCAACAGGGGGCAGUGUAGCCCCACCCCCCGGCCUUGGGGAGCCAAUCGAAGAAAGUUGCUUCUGGAAAAGGCAAAAACAACAAUGAAAUUUGGAACAAAUUGGACUCCGACGUGAUUGUGGAAUGUCAUCCCAGGCUUGUGUAAAAUUCCCAAUUUGGAAUUUCACUUGAAGAAUUGCGAUUUGAAUUGAAUUGGCUCCACCCCCACGGGGCGUUGACUUGGAGUGACAGGAAGUGGAAUGACAUUGCUUCAAGUCAAGUAACCUCACCUCGUCACCUUAAAUACGACAAAUUAGGGAUGCGCCGAUCAAUCGGCCAACGAUCAGCAUCGGACGAUUUUGGUGAAAAAGCACGUGAUCGUCAUACGCCGAUAAAUGCCUUUCAACGGCGAUCACCUGCGGCUCGUACGAUGGCAGCCCGCAGCCAUCGCUGCCGUCUUACGGCGUCCAGCCUCAGCAGCAAUGGCGCGCUGCCUGAGGCCUUGCUUACGCAGCUCCUCAAUCCCACCGCGUUCAACGAGAGAAAGCUUUUUUUGCCUUCGCCCUCGAGAGAUCACGACACCUGACACGAAAUCACAUUCAAUCCACAUUUUUCUUUUUAAAGGCUGUGCUCUUCAAGUUUUGAUGGACAGCCUCUUUCACCUUCAUGCUUCUUUCACGGCCAUACGUUGCUUUUUUUGUCGCAGUCCCAUUUCUUCUUUUUGCAUUUUGAAGCUCGUGAUCUUCCUAGUCGUCAUAUUUGGUUUAUGGAAUACUGUAAAGUGUCGAGCAUGAUUGUGGAAUGCACCAAAACUAGCAACUGCAGUUUCAUUCCCGCUUCCUUCCAUUCCAAUUUCAAUUGCAAUUCUGCUUCCUGUUGGAAUUUGAAUUGGAAUUUGGGAGUUUUGCACAAUUUCAAAAGGGCACACGUGAACGGAGAGCCUUCAAAAGGAUCAAACGGCGACGUCAGUCAAAGGAGGAAAAGCCCAAAAGCAGCACCAGUGGCGAGUAAACGGCAACUUGAUUGUUUUUGCAAACUGACCAGAGAAAAGCUCCCACUUUUGUUGACCUUCAUUCCCUUCUCGUUUGUCCCGCCACUCGAUGCCACCUGUUGCACCAUCUCCGCCAUCCGCGUCCCAGUUUGCGGUCGUGCACGUCAAAAUCAUGUGGACGGCUGCAGAAUCACGGAAGCCGAGGCUCAUUUCCAUCCUCCUCGUCGUGGCUGUCCUUUACAAGCUCUUGAAUGCAACAUUUCCUUCAAGGUCAACAAGCUUGUAGUAGUUGUUUUGCUUCAGGAUCUGCCAGAAAAGCAGAAAAGUCUGCGUUCACACUUGGUGCUGCUGCUGCUACUCUGGUUCUCAUUGCACGAUCCAAUCGGAACUCGCUGGCAACGCAAAUUCAGCAAACUAAAAGUGUUGUGGGAUGUUUUUGUUUUUUUAGAGACAAAAAAAAAACCUUCCAGGAAGUGCGCUCACGAGCUUUCACAUUAAAAGUGUGACAAAACGUCUUACAUGAACGUUUUCUGCGUCUGCACUCCAAUCCCAAUGUGAUUGGCUGAAAGGAGGCUUAAAGUACGCUCGGGUUCACUUUGCUACGAUGCGUCUUUUUGCCAUUUGAAGAAAAAGUGCUGAAAUGGUGGAGGGAAAUAAAAGAGGGUUUAGCCAGCAGGAAGGUGUUUUGGUUGCGAUACAAACUGAACAAAGUCAGUUAUGUAGCGUUCCAUCAACAGGAAGUGCCGCCCCACCGACUCACUGUUGCCUCUCGAGGCACCGAGUGGUAUUACACAUCACCCGUUUGAUUUGACUUCCUGUCUGCCCCACCUGCCCUUGAAAUGGCAACGUUAUGCCCCCUCAGGGUGGAAAUGAUGAAAGGCGUGCACACUUUUGCUGCGCCAAACGUGAUUUCUAAGCACUUGGUGAUGACUGGGAUGAAAAAAAAAGCGUUUGGAUGGGAAUCCUCAUCAGCAUCACAGGCGCUCUUCAAAUCCGAGCAGACCUUUGACAUGAAUGUUUGUUAAUAGCAAAGAGAAAUAUUCAACAUACAAAUACAAGAGCUAUUUUAAAUUAUUUUGUUUUGCUCUAUUUAUUUUCUUGUAGGAGGAGAAAGUGUAUUUUUCAUUCGUAGUGUGAAAAAGAUAUUUUCUUCCUUUUUGUACAAUGUCCAUGUUUGAAGGCAAUAUGAUGGCGCUAUCUGCAUGCUUUGUGUUGCCUUAACCACAGCUGCUCCCAACUUACCAACCCCUCCCACCCACUCCCCCGUGGCGUCCCCCCUGGUCCGGUCCAGUGCCGUCAAUAAAGCAGUGCUUUCUGUGUACUCCAA